AUGACCCCGGUGACUGCUGCGCCGCACCCGGCCACCGAGUCGCUGGCGGCUGCCGCGCCACCGAGCACCACGCCUACAGCGUCAGUGAACGCCGCCACCGUGGACGCCGCCGACCUGCACGCCAUCGCCGAGGCUCAGAGGGACGACCAGGAGACAGCUGCCUACUCGGACCGGCUGACACCCUUCCCGUUGUCAGCUGAUCUCACCGUCCUCUGUGAUACCACUCUGACACUUCCCAGGCCGUUUGUCCCAGUCCCCCUCCGCACUCAUGUGUUCGAACAGGUGCACAGCCUCGCUCAUCCUGGUGUCAAGGCCUCCCUUCAGCUGGUCAAGUCGCGCUACUUCUGGCCCGACAUGGACCGCUGUAUCCGCCGGUGGGUACGCGAGUGCUCCUCCUGCCAAUCGAGUAAGGUCCACCGCCACACCAAAACCGUCCCGUCUCCGUUUUCUCUCCUCAGCGACAGGUUCGAGACCAUCCACAUAGACAUUGUCGGUCCUCUGCCGCCAUCAAUCCCUCACGGUGAGUCUUUCACCUCCCCGUGUCGGUACCUCCUGACGUGUGUUGACCGUUCCACCCGCUGGCUGGAGGCGGCCCCUAUCGCCGACAUCUCAGCAGCCACCGUCGCAGCCGCCUUCAUGGACGUCUGGGUGGCCCGGUUUGGUGUGCCGCUGCACGUCGUCACCGACAGAGGUACUCAGUUUGAGUCCGCCCUCUUCCGACAACUGGCCGAGAUCCUCGGCUUUCACCGCCUGCGGACAACGGCGUACCACCCCAAGACCAACGGCAUGGUGGAGCGUCAGCAUCGGACGCUGAAGUCAGCCAUCAUCGCCAGCAAGAAACAGUGGUUACAAGCACUACCUGUGGUCCUCCUGGGCAUCCGGGCGGCCAUGAAUGAGACUGGCUAUGCGCCGUUCACUGCCGUCACCGGGGGCAUGCUGUUGCAGCCCCGGAUAAGAGUGGACCGGCAGCCUGCUCCGGACGGCGCCGCCGAGACCGUCGGGGAGCUGGCCCGCCGACUCGCCAGGACAGACUUCCUCUCGCCGUCUGAAGGCAGCCACCAUGGACUGACCCAGCCGCACAUGCCGACCGACCUCUCGACGUGUUCACACGUCUGGCUGCGGGUUGACCGCGUGCGCCGCCCUCUGGAGGCGCCUUAUAUCGGCCCUCUGCGCGUCCUCAGGCGAUGGGAUCGCUGGUACCAGCUGGAGCUGCCGUCGGGGAAGAGUGACACCGUCUCGGUCGAGCGGCUCAAGCCAGCAUACCUACCGCAGUCACCGCCGCCGGGUGGGCUGGGCGGUGCCGAUGCCGCACCGCCCCUGCCCCCCGUGCAGUCCGGUACAACCACAUCGCCGUCGGUGGAGCCGGGCCGCGCCGAUGCCGCGCUGUCCCCGCUUCCCGGCCUGGCCAGCGCUGCACCGCCUGUGCACGCUUCAUCAUCGCCGCCAGCGGAGCCGGACCGUGCUGACGUAGCGCCGCCACCAUCUGCUCCGCCACGUCGUGGUCGCCGUCUUGGGGGCCAGAGCUCGGCGCCCGCGUCGCCGCCGUCGCCUGUGCCUGUUCGUCCACAGCGAGACGCCGUGUACACUCGUGCUGGUCGCCGCGUUCGGUUUCGUGUUCCACCCUCGUGA